CCACCACCAUACAAAGCAUCUGGAAUCCUCCGCCACCGUCCACCCCCAGCGGCUCGUGCCGAAGAGCAACAACAACUAGAGACUGAUCCAAAAACCGUUGAGCUCCUGGCGAGAUUCCUCGUCAGCCAAGGCCUCCCUCUAGAAUGUUCCAAAGAGCCGGCGUUUCUCGAUUUGGCACGUCAUCUGAACAGUCGAAUGGUGAUUCCACCGGAAAAUGUGAUGAACAAGUUUAUCGAUCGAGCUGCUCAAAUCGCAAAACCCCUUGUCAAUUUUCAAAAAACCGUUGGUCCACUAACGGUGACACUGGACAUUGCUGGUGACGACGAUCAGAAGUACCUCGUGUUUUCGAUUCAUUAUUUUGAAGACUUGUAUGAGAGAAAGAAUAUUGUGUACCUGAGAAAAAUGUACCUUAGAUUUAUCGAAGCGGAAACAUUGCUCACUUCCAUCCGUCGUGCCGUCAACAACUACACCUAUGGAACUGUGAAAUUCAGUAACAUCGUCUGCCCCAAUGAAUCGAUUUUGGAGAUGAUUUCGAAUAGCGGGGUUGUCAAACGAUACUAUGUCUGCUUUCAAAACUAUAUGACUCAAUUCGUUCAUAUUUUGCUCAAGAUUCCGGAGUUGGCUCAGGGGCUCAAUCAGAUUCGUUGUUUUGUGAAAUACAUUCGACAGGAUGCCGAUAAAUAUAGCAGAUUUAGAAGAAUGCAACUCUCGAGAAGUGCCGAAAUGGACGUUCCGAAACUCGACAAAGAAUCAUGGGAAAGCACUUCAGUGUUCCUGACGAGGUGUCUCGUUUUGCACGACACCUUCGUCGAAUACUGUCAAUUGAUGAAUCUGGACCCAUACAUCUCCAACAAAACAUUCAACCACCUCAUCUAUUUCCAACGUCUUCUCGAGCAAUGCAUUAAGUAUUCUCGAGAACUCAGUCAAUCAAACAACUCAAUGUCCCAAGUGCUACCAGCUAUCAUCUCCCUCAAAGGAUACAUCACCACCAACAAUUUGGGAUAUCCAUUCCAACGACAAAUCGACGAGACAGCUGAGAAAAUCUUCGGACCAAUUACCUAUGGAGAUUCUCGAGGUCUUUAUGAAAUAGCGUCUCUUCUGGAUCCUCGUUACGCGUAUGGAGACUGCUUCCCUAUGGAACAAUGGAAGAUGCUGGAAAAGAGAGUGAUUCAGGAGUUUGUAGGAGCUGAUCAGCGUCUGGAGAAGUGUUUUUAUCACGAUAUCACAUUGAUGAGUAAUACGGAACGAAUGAAAGUUCUCGGCAAAGAGUUUACGCUGUACCGGCAUUGUGCGUUCGUGGAGAGACCGUUGGAAUCGGAAAGUCCAUUUUUCUGGUGGGGACGACGGCAAACUGAUAUGGAAUUCUUAUCAGUUAUUGCUCGGGAGUACAUCGCCUGCCCGGCGACAUCUAUCGAUUCGACAGCCUUUUUCAACGAAGGUGGAAAAUUCAAUUACCUGUGUAACACAUACUCCUACAGCCAACUGGAUAGCUGUCUGAAUGUCGCUGGAAUCCAUCAACAUUAUAGAGGACGUGGACCUACUAGCGAGCCAAUCAGCCCAGAAAUGGUAGAGACAUUGAAUAGCACUGCGAAUCGGCUUCAACAAACUACACUGUACGCUCUAACAGAACAAGAAGCAGCCGAGAUUACCGCUGGAUUCUAUCCACCAAUGCCAACAUAUGCGAAUCAAGAGGAGAAGGUGUUCGAAAAGCUUCCGCCGCAUCGACGGACUGUAAAUCGUAUUCCGAAUUCCGUGCCGAAUCCGAUCCCGAUUCGAAAAGUGCCCCUUCAACGGAUGGUGCCAGGAGGAAGGCCAUCGAUUCUUCGAUCUACCCUACCACCAUCGAGAACUUUGGGGCUACCGUUGACAGCGAAGAGACCAGUGGUACCGCGAGAAUCUCCUCCAGGCAACGUUGUCACUGAGGAAAAACCUAGGGAUUUGUUGGAUAUCCUCCAGGAGCCGAGCCAGGAGAAGGAGAUCAAACUCGAGGAACCUGAUGAUUUUUGGGAUUCGGCACCUUCCGGACCGUCUACUUCCGCCGCCUCGGCUCCAUCUACCUCUACACAACCAUCCACCUAUCAGACAUCCCUCAAAGGCAUACCUCAGAAAAUAGCCACCCACAAUUUUGUUCAAAAAUUCGCUCAAAAACAGAACUUUAUAAUUAAGAAGAAGCCGUUGCCACCGCCCAUCUCGAUUCGAGCCAACAUGCCACGGAUUCAGCAGGAGUAUAAGCCGGAGCUGUUUAAUGUAGGUGACAGGGAGAGGAUUCUAGCUAGAGAAAGAUUUCAGAUGGCAUUCCAACCGCAAGAGACGGUGUACAGUCAGACGAUGAAUGCGGCGUCGGUGGCGGAUGCUUAUGAGAGAAAAAAUAUGAAAUCUAGCUUAAAUCCCAAAUGUUCCAGACACCGUAUCAAUGUGGAAAUGGUCAAAAGUCGUCCGUGCAACCGCCGUUGCACAGUGUGCGGCCAUUUGGAGGUCCACGAGAAGCUGAAGAACGUCACAAUAGACAAUGAGAAGCUGUUGAUCAUGUUGGGAUGCAUCUAUCGACAGGAAUACACUCUCCGAGAAGCCAUCUCCUUCAUGAAUCGGGAAUCCAAAACGUAUAUAUGUUUGAUGCAUUUCGAGGAGACCGUCGAUGAGAUUUACACAAUGUUGCGGCUAUCGUGUCCAGAUGAUAUUAAUACAUGCUCUGAUGAUUUGAUUCAGAAUGCGUUGAUUACUGUAACGGCGCUUCGACCAUUUAUCCAAAUCAAGCAGUUGAGAAAGAUCUUGUUUGAUUUCACGCUGAAGAAUAAUCAUACGAGAGCCACCAUGACGGUAAGCAGACUGGAUGAAUGCAUUAGAAGACGUUCCCCUGCCGCUCCCAAAACUGAUAAUCUGGAUGACCAGGAAAUAACACCGAAGGUGAAUCGAGCGCCACGGAAGCAGGUUCUCGAGGAGGAUCAGCAUGACAAAACGGUCAAACUCAUAGAGCAGGAAGAGUUUAAACUUCCCACUGUCCAGCAAUCUGAUAACGAGGAAUGCGCGAAUCCUACAGUUUGCUGCUACUGCUCAAAACGGGGAUCUAGGCUGAAGAUGCAUCGUGUGCCACGCACCGAGGAUCGGUUGCAGAGAUGGAUAGAGAAAUUGGGAUCGGUAUUUGAGAAGCGGCUCAAGGCGGAGGAGGAUAAUUUUGUCUGCAAGAGCCACUUCCCAGAAGACGCGUUUAGUAGUCGUGGACGUCUGAUGAAGGGGAUGAUUCCGUUUUCAGAGGCUGAGAAGAAAGAAGUCACUUAUAAGAUUCAAGGGGACAGUUUUCUGAAGCUCAAUGAGCAGAAGUCG